AUGUCUACACCUAUACCUCGUCCACAAUCUCAACAGGAUACAGAUACUCCACAACCACAAUCUCAACCACAAUCUCAACCACAAUAUCAAAUUCACGAACAAUUAAAUGAUUCAAUUACUUGGGUAAAAGAUUGGCAUUCUCCUUUUAUUAAACAUCAGCGUAUUUUAGAACAAGAUUCACCUAUUAAAAUUAAAAGUUGGUAUAAAACAAAUAUUAAUCAUAAGAAUUUAUCGGAUAAUAAUUUAAAUUAUUUUCUCGAUUUAACGAAAUUUAAGUAUUUUAAGAAUGUUGAUAUUGAUUUGAAUAGUAAUAAUUCAUCAGAUAAUCAAAGUCAAAAAAGUGAAGAUCAUCAUUCAGCAGAAAAUCAAGAAUUUUCAAAUGCUAUUAAAUUGCAUAACAAUGAAACUACAUUAUAA